AUGACUGUAACUUCAUACUACUCUAACCUCCCAGAGGCUGAGUAUGAUCCUAUCGUUAAGAUAAUGUCACAAUAUGCCAGUGAUCCUUCCCCAAGUAAAAUAGAUCUUACCAUUGGUGUUUACAAAGCUGAAAAUGGUGAUUCGUACUUGUUCCCAUCGGUUGCAAAAGCCAAAAAGUGGUUACAUGCAAACGAUCCUGGUCACAAUUAUACUAAUAUGGCUGGUAUUCCAGAAUUCACUGCAGGAGCCAGAGAAGUUAUUUUCGGAAAGAAAAGUGCUAUCCAAGGUAAGAUUGCUUCCUUACAGACCAUUUCGGGAACUGGUGCUUGUCACAUGGCUUCUCUCUUUUUAGGCGAGUGUGGGUUAAACAAUUACUACAUUGGAACCCCAUUUUGGUCUAACUACCAACCAAUGCUCGAACAUGCAGGUGCCAAGGUUAAUCACUUUAGACACUACAACCCUGAAACCAGAGAAGUCGAUUUCGAAUCAACUGUGAGGGCAUUGAAUGAAGCUCCAAAGGAUUCCGUAUUCUUGUUUCAAGCUUGUUGUCAUAAUCCUACCGGUGCCGACUAUUCUAAGAAACAAUGGACUCAAAUUGCUGAUAUUAUGAAAGAAAGAGAAUUGUUUCCAUUUUUCGAUAUUGCCUAUCAAGGGUUUUCCUCUGGUGACAAAGAUGAAGAUGCGUGGGCGAUUAGACACUUUUACGAAAAGGGUUUAAAUUUGCUAGCCUGUCAAUCAUUUUCUAAAAAUAUGGGAUUAUACAGUGAGAGAGCUGGUUGUUUGCAUGUUGUUGUCCAAGAGGGUGUAGAAAAUCCAGAUACUUUGGAUAGGGUCCAAGGUAUGCUCGUUACAUUUUUUAGAAUGGAAUGCUCUUUUGGGCCUGCAUUUGGGGCUAGAAUUGCAGCUGCUUUGAUGAACAAGCCGGAAUUGAAAGAAGAAUGGGAUCAAGAUGUGGCACAAAUCACCGAAAGGUUACAAAACUUAAGAAAAUCUGUCUUGCAGAAGUUAACUGCCAUGGAUACUCCAGGAAAUUGGGACCAUGUUAUCAAACAAAAUGGGUUAUUCUGGUACACUGGUUUGAAUGAAGAGCAGGUUUCAAGGAUUACCAAGCAAGAGCACGUUUACAUGACUUUUGCAGGUAGGGUCAACAUUGCAAGUUUAAACGAAUCAAAUAUUGAUCAAUUCUGUAGAUCAUUGGACAAGAUAGUCAGAGAAACAAAAUAG